AAAUGACGAAAAUCAAAAAAGGGCUUUGACGAAAUAUUUUAGUCAUAGUCAUGGUUGACGAAAUUAACACUGCACCAGCCUAGAUCACACAAUGAAGUACACCUACCUUGGCCUACCCAUUACUCCAUCAGGCAGUUUCUGCCUGGCAGUGAAUGCCCUAAAAGACAAAGCUUGCAGAGCUCUAUACGCAAUUAGAAGAAAAUUUUGGAACAUAGACAUACCAAUCAGGAUAUGGUGCAAAAUAUUUGACUGUGUAAUUCAGCCUAUUGCGAUGUACGGAAGUGAGAUAUGGGGUCCACUCAGUGAACACAGCUACAAUAGAUGGGACAAGCAUCCUAUAGAAACCCUCCAUGCAGAAUUCUGUAGACUGAUCCUAAAAAUUCAAAAGAAGACACCAACAAAUGCAUGUAGGGCAGAAUUGGGAAGAUAUCCAUUGGCAAUCAACAUACAAAAGAGAGCUCUAAAAUUCUGGAUGCACCUCCAAACAAGUCCCACAGACACGCUGCAUUCUGAGGCAGCAAAAUCCCAAGCUUUGAACCCCGAAAAGAGUCACCUAUGCCAGCUUGUACUGAGACUAACCGACCCCCAUCUAACACAUACUGACAUCUCUCAGACAAGCACUGCUUCCAAACUAAAUGUAAACAAAAUUAUACAAAACUCCAAAGAUAAAUAUCUGGACCAUUGGCAAAAUGAAACCAAAACCCAAAGCAAAUUAGAAUGUUAUAGGACUAUCAAAACAAAUUAUGAAUUGGAAGAAUAUCUCUUUACUGUCAGAGAUAUAAAGCAGCGGCAGAUCCUGACCAAAUACAGACUCAGUGACCACAGCCUUGCUCUCGAAAAAGGCAGACGACGACAAUCAUGGCUGCCAAGAGAGCAAAGGAUAUGUGCUCACUGCACGACAGGUGAGGUCGAGACAGAGGCGCACUUCCUUCUCCAAUGCGACAAAUACUCAAAAAUUAGAGAAGCGCACUUUAAUAAAUUUAACCAAGUAAUCCCGGGUUUCCCGGAUCUGAAUACAGACAAAUUAUUAUCUAUCCUACUGGGACAACAAGGGCAGACAGCAACGCUUGCUGCCAAAUAUGUCAGUGCAUGCCAUAGACAGAGGGACAUUGCAUAGACACCACAAAAGCCACUA